AUGGCUCCUGUCACGGCUCUCCUCUUCCGUCACCGCCUUCCCACCCUGACCACGACACAAUUCCGCGACUAUAUGGAAGACACACAUGUCCCACUCGUCAAGUCUCUACUCAGCCCAAAGCACCCUUUGACCCACACCCGCUAUUACACGAAUAAAGACUCUGGCCAUGUGAUUGGCUCCCCAUCUCCAACAGAUGUAGAUUUGAUUGCUGUUAUAACCUUCGAGAGCGAGGAGGCAAUGCAACAGAGCCUGCAAGCAAGACAGGCGGAUGGAACUCGGGAAAUCAUCGAGGCGGACGAAUCGAAGUUCCUGGACAGGUCCAAGGUGCAGUUUGUUGCUCUUGGCGGGGUCGAUGUGCGAACGAGUGCCAGGGAAGAGUGA